AUGCUAAAAAUUGAGGAAUAUGUUUGCAAUUUAAAAGAAUCUAACACAUUAUUCAAUGAUAUUCAUAGAAUUGAUACACUUUAGUCAUCUGAGUCUUAUGAUAAUACACAAUUGUAUUAUAAUUUAGUAUUUACAUUAGCUAGAAUCCAAUAUAUAAUAUUGUACCACCUGAAUAUUUUUAAAGUGUAACUGAAAAUAAGUACUCAAAUAUCUUUAGUUCUUAUAUACAAUCUCCAAAACAUGAAGAACUUUAAUCAACAAUAAAAUAAGCACCAAAAAAAAGAACAUUUUCUUUUGCUGAAUCAUAAUAACUAAAUAAGGAUCCUUCAUGUAACAUUUCAGCUGAUUUUGGAUAUAAUGCUUAGUUGUCAGCUUAAAAUGAAAUAAAAACUUAAACUAAAUUUAGUUAAGACAAGAGUUUAAAUAAUAUUGAAACUCCUAAUAAAGAGAAAUGGUAAUUACAAGAUUCUUUGUUAGUGAUGAAUAAUAGCAUACCUUAAUCAAAAUUUAGUUCUCCUUAAAAAAAAUAUGCUAAAGUUCAUUAAUUUAAAAACGAGAAUUAUAGUUUUGAUUCAAAAAACACUUAAAAAAAAACUCAGGUUUCAAAUAUUAGUUUAAAAAAUUAUAAAACAGAAUCUGAAUUAAUCUUUCAAGAAUGCUAAAAUAAUUUCUAGAAGAAUAAAGCACGAAAAACAGAAGAAUACAUAGCUUGUAACAUAUAAUGAAGCAAUUUAUAUGUAUAUAUAUAUUACCAC